AUGUCAGCACCCGCGCUUAGACAACCUAAACCUCUCAAACUCGAAGAAAAUAAGAAUAGAAAGGUUGUUGAUCAACAAUUAAUUAUACUCACUUUGAGGAAUGGGAAGAAGUUAGUUGUAUCUUCAGACGCGCUUCAUGGUAUAAUAAUGAUGGGUGAAAUGUACAAAUGUGUCUUUUGUAAUGUAGAAAUUGAUUUAAAUGCAUGUAAAGAACGUCAUAAAGUAAUAGAUGGUCAUAAGAAGUUUUUAGAAAAUCAUCCAUACAUAGAGGAGCUUUCAGAAAAUUUAGUAAGACAGAUAGAUAAAACAACUUGCUACUGCACCAUAUGUAAUGUGUCUACAUAUACUACAACUAUCAUGCGACAUGUAAAAACGGAAGAACAUUUACAUGAAUUGAAUAAAGCUAUGUUAAGAGCUACCACAUAUAAGCCUUUCGAUGAAAAUAACAAUAAA